AUGUCGAUACUCACAACUUCGACGCUCCUUGAUCUGCCACGAGAGAUUCUUUUUGAAAUCGCGGGCUGGCUAUGCACUCCCGACCUAAAUCGGUUCUUCCGUACGAGUCGCGCACUCCAUGAUCUCCUCUUCUCGGACCUUUGCAAGAGAAGCCUCAAGUUUAUGAACGAUCAUUUUAUUUCUUAUGCAGAUCAUGGGUAUGAAGUCGGCGUUCGGACAAUGUUGUCGGUCGGGGUGGAAGUAGAUACUCGUACCCUUAACGCACCUUUCUAUACAGCAUUGAUGUGCGCCGUGGGGAAUAAUCACAUAGGCACUGCGAAGAUACUCUUGGACCACGGAGCAAAUCCAAAUCAUCGCGACGAGUUCCGUGAUCUACCAUUACAAUGGGCCAGUCCAUUCAAAGAAAAUUUUGCCAUCCAGGAACUACUACUCGAGUACAAAGCCGAUGUGGGUCUUGCUGGGGUACGAGGUAGAACCCCCUUGAUCGACGCGAUCUACCGGAAAGCGGAUCGGUACAUUAGCUUUCUUCUCAGCAAGGGUGCUGAUAUAAAUGCCCGUGAGCCCGAGAGUGGUGCGCCUCUACAUAUUGCAUCUGAGAAGUACUAUGUGCGGAAAGACAUUUUCGACGUCAUUCUUGGCGCAGGUGCUCAGGUGGAUUGUUUCGAUAGAGAGAACAUGUCGCCUCUUCAUAUCGCCGCUUUUUAUCUAGGCAUAGACAGAAUUUCCGCGUUACUGACACAUGGAGCCGAUAUCAAUUUGCGAAGUCCUGGUGGUGCGGAUAGUGGCUGUACAGCCCUGCAUUAUGCCGCAAGUACGCCGGAAAGCUAUGCCAGCGAAGCCAUUGCGUUUGUUAUUCAGCAUGGGGCCGAUGUCGAUGCUAAGGAUGAUAAAGGCCGUACGCCUUUCCUUCUUGUGAGGCUAGAAUCUGAUUCGACCUGUACAUACAGUCGCGUGGAGACUCUCUUACAGCAUGGUGCUGAUAUCAAAAUCCAAGACCAUGAAGGUUGGUCGGCUUUACACUAUCAAGCUGACUCUAUGUCUAUCGAGCUUAUUAAAUGGUUAUACGAUCAUGGUUGCGACGUCAACAGGGAAAACAAAAAUAAAGAAACACCUCUUUUCAUGGCAAUAAGCUCACAGAAUUACAGAAAUCGGAGCGCAGUCAUGGUUGAGACCUUGCUCCAUCUCGGUGCUAAUGUCAACUUGGAAAACUCCCAGAAGAGAAGUCCAUUGUUUUUUGCUGCCACUAGAGGAUGUCCGAAAAUGACACGGAUUCUAUUGGAGCAUGGGGCAGAUGUUCAUCACAGAGACAGGCGUGGAUUCACACCUCUACAUUUGGCUGUAACAACUGUCGCUUUCCUCUGCAAUGAUAAGUUGUUACGGCCUCGCCCCACAGUGAAGGAAAUACAUGAGGUGAUACGACUCCUUGUUCAAUAUGGAGGAGACAUAAAGGCGGAAGAUCAUCAUGGGUUCACGCCUUCAAUGUUGACUCAACAUCAUGAUCUUCGGACCAUAGGUGGCCGUUAA